GUAUGUCGUGCGGGCCCCUUCGGCACCCCCCGGCAAAUGUCGUCACCACAAAGCUGUGGGGAACCAGCCACCCCCGGCAUCUAGGCACUACGCAGUAUCCAGCCUCUUCCCUACCAUUGGCCGAUUGCUCUAGAAGCUCGUUGCUGGUGCAAGCUGGAGGCAGAGAGCUCGCAGCUCCGAGCUCCUAGACUUCGGACGGCAGGUCACUCAAUGUCAGCCAGCACAACAGGCCAGAAACCAAGGUCAAGCCACACCAGUCCAACCCCAGCUUUUUUCUUCUUUUGGCUUCCUUACGUGCUUUCCCAAGCGGGUUUUUCUCGUGUUGCUCUCUUGGCUCCUCUUCUCCUUUCCUCCUGUUUGUUUUCUUUACAAAGGACACUCGCAACUAUUCCAAUUGGUCUUGCCAUUGAGCUUCCUCCUUUCUCUAAGCGACUUGAGCAUUUCCCUGCGUUCAACCAAGUACAAUUUCAAAAAUGUCUUUCGCCAGAGCAGCUUCCCUGCGUUCCGCCCUCCGACCCUCGGCGCGCCGGACGAUCCGUCCCCAGUUCCGUUCCCAGGUCGGCCAGAGGAACUACGCCAGCCAACAUGGCGCGAAGCCCCAGAGCGAGCUCCCUCUUGCCAUUGGCUCAGUAGUCUUCUUCGCCGCCGGUCUGGCCGUCAUCCAGCCAUGGAGCGGUCCCGCGCCGUCCAAGGGACACGGCGCUGCUCAUGCCAAGCAUGACGAGGAGGAGAAGCACGACGAGCCUGAGGAGAAGGAGAAGGAGAAGGAAGAGGAGUCAAAGUCUGAGGACAAGGAGGAGUCUAAGACCGAGGAGAAGAAGGACGAUAAGUCUGAGGAAAAGGAGGAGUCUAAGUCCGAAGAGAAGAAGCAGGAGAAGUCUGACGACAAGAAGGAGAAGUCUGAUGACAAGAAGGACGAGAAGUCUGAGGAUAAGAAGGAAGAUAAGUCCGAGAAGCCCAAGGAUGAGAAGAAGGAGGAAAAGUCUGAGGAUAAGCCCAAGGGAGAGUCCAAGGACGAGAAGAAGGGUGAGGAGAAGGAAGAGAAGUCUGACGACAAGAAGGAGGAUAAGUCUGACGACAAGAAGGAGGAGAAGUCUGAGGAUAAGAAGGAGGAGAAGUCCGAAGACUCCAAGGAGGACAAGAAGGACGAGAAGAAGGACGAGAAGAAGGACGAGAAGAAGGACGAGAAGAAGGACGAGAAGAAGGACGAGAAGAAGGACGAGAAGAAGGACGAGAAGGAGGAUAACUAACCCUCCCAAGUCUCAGCACCAACCCUCAAACGAUCAUGAAGCCCACGAGGACACAAUAAUCACCGAAAUCAUGAUCAUGUACAUACACCACAGCCAGAUUCUUCCUGCUCUUCGCACUUGUUCUAAUGCAUAAUAAAGCAUAGCGGCUCUGAUUUCUCAGACGCAACAGAC